AUGGAGAGUAGAGGUAAAAAACAGGCCUAUUUGGAAAAUAAGCCGCUGGAAAAGACAAAGAAGGAUCCGAAGCGACUGUCGGUGGAGAGGAUCUACCAGAAGAAGACGCAGCUGGAGCACAUUCUGCUCAGGCCAGACACCUACAUAGGCUCUGUAGAGCCUGUCAGCCAACAAAUGUGGGUGUAUGACGAGGGCGUAGGACUGAACUGCCGCGACGUGACGUUUGUUCCCGGGCUCUACAAGAUUUUUGAUGAGAUACUCGUAAAUGCAGCCGACAAUAAGCAAAGGGACAAGAGCAUGUCCUGCAUCCGAGUCAACAUCGACGUGGAGAACAACACCAUCAGUGUGUGGAAUAACGGGAAGGGGAUCCCUGUGGUGGAGCACAAGGUGGAGAAGGUCUACGUGCCUGCGCUCAUCUUCGGGCAGCUCCUCACGUCCAGUAACUAUGACGACGACGAGAAGAAGGUCACGGGUGGCCGUAACGGAUACGGCGCCAAACUUUGCAAUAUCUUCAGUACAAAGUUCACCGUGGAGACUGCUUGUAAGGAGUCCAAGAAGGUUUUCAAGCAGACCUGGUACGACAACAUGGGCAGAGUGGGAGACGCCAGCAUCAAACCUUUUGAAGGAGAGGAGUACACUUGCAUCACCUUCAGGCCGGACCUGGCCAAGUUUAAGAUGAGCAUCCUGGACAAAGACACGGUGGCUCUGAUGACCAGGAGAGCGUACGACAUCGCUGGCUCCUCCAAGGGAGUCAAAGUGUUCUUCAACAGCAAGAGGCUGCCUGUGUCAGGUUUUCGCAGCUACGUGGACAUGUAUGUGAAGGACAAGGUGGACGAGCUGGGCAGUCCCCUCUCUGUGGUCCAUGAGGUGGUCAAUGAGCGCUGGGAGGUCUGUCUCACCAUGAGCGAGAAAGGCUUCCAGCAAGUCAGCUUUGUCAACAGCAUUGCCACCACAAAGGGAGGCAGACACAUAGACUAUGUGGCUGACCAGGUGGUUGGAAAGCUCAUCGAAGUGGUGAAGAAGAAGAACAAAGCCGGCGUGACUGUCAAGCCUUUCCAGGUGAAAAACCACAUGUGGCUGUUUGUCAACUGCCUGAUCGAAAACCCCACUUUUGACUCUCAGACGAAAGAGAAUAUGACCCUACAGCAGAAGAAGUUUGGCUCCACUUGUCCACUGGGUGACAAGUUCAUAAAACAGGCCACAGGAUGUGGGAUCGUGGAAAGCAUCAUGAACUGGGUGAAGUUCAAAGCUCAGUCUCAGCUCAACAAGAAAUGCUCAGCGGUGAAGCACACCAAGAUCAAAGGAGUCCCGAAACUGGACGACGCCAACGAUGCAGGUGGGAAAAACUCCAUUGGCUGCACGCUGAUCCUUACUGAGGGAGACUCAGCCAAGACGCUGGCUGUGUCUGGGCUGGGAGUGGUGGGACGGGACCGCUUCGGUGUGUUCCCCCUCAGGGGAAAGAUGCUCAACGUCCGGGAGGCUUCUCACAAACAGAUUAUGGAAAAUGCUGAAAUCAACAAUAUCAUCAAGAUCCUCGGUCUUCAGUACAAGAAAAACUACAGUGACCCAGAAUCCCUGAAGACGCUGCGUUACGGGAAGAUCAUGAUCAUGACAGAUCAGGACCAAGAUGGAUCCCACAUUAAGGGCUUGUUGAUCAACUUCAUCCAUCACAACUGGCCGUCGCUGCUUCACCACAACUUUCUAGAAGAGUUCAUCACACCCAUCAUCAAGGUAUCUUUCAAGAAAAGCCAGCUGUCCUUCUACAGCAUCCCUGAAUUCAACGCAUGGAAGGAGAGCCAGCCUAACCACAGAUCCUGGAAAAUCAAAUACUACAAAGGUUUGGGAACCAGCACAUCACAGGAAGCCAAGGAGUACUUCUUGGAUAUGCAGAGACAUCGUAUCCCCUUUAAGUACUCUGGCCCUGCAGAUGAUGAAGCUAUCACCCUUGCCUUUAGCAAGAAGAAGGUGGAUGAGAGGAAAGAAUGGCUCACCAACUUCAUGAACAACAGGCGCCAGCGCAGGGAGCACAACCUUCCAGAGGACUACCUGUAUGGUCAGUCAACAAAGUCCUUGUCCUAUAAUGACUUCGUCAACAAGGAGCUCGUUCUUUUCUCCAACUCUGACAAUGAGAGGUCCAUUCCUUGCUUGGUGGAUGGGUUGAAACCAGGACAGAGGAAGGUGCUGUACUGCUGCUUUAAGAGGAACGAUAAGCGGGAGGUGAAGGUGGCCCAGCUGGCCGGCUCAGUGGCUGAGAUGUCAGCCUACCACCAUGGGGAGGUAUCUCUGAUGAUGACCAUUGUCGGUUUAGCCCAGAACUUUGUGGGAAGCAACAACAUGAACCUGCUGCAGCCUCUGGGACAGUUUGGAACUAGGCUGCACGGCGGCAAGGACUCAGCCAGCCCUCGAUACAUCUUCACCAUGCUCAGCCCCUUGGCUCGCCUCGUUUUCCCAGCAGUGGACGACAACCUGCUCAAGUACAACUACGACGAUAAUCAGCGCGUUGAGCCCGAGUGGUACAUUCCCAUCAUCCCCACCGUGCUGAUUAAUGGUUCUGAAGGUAUCGGGACCGGCUGGGCCAGCAAGAUCCCCAACUACGACAUCCGGGAGAUCAUCAGCAACAUCCACCGGAUGCUCAACGGCCAGGAACCGUUGCCCAUGCUUCCAAACUACAAGAACUUCAGAGGCACGAUCGAGCAGGUGAUGGAUAACCAGUACAUGAACAGUGGAGAGGUGGCCAUCAUUGAUUCCACCACCAUUGAGAUCUCUGAGUUGCCUGUCAAAACCUGGACCCAGGCCUACAAGGAGAACGUUCUGGAGCCGAUGUUGAACGGAACAGAGAAGGUUCCUCCUCUGAUCACCAACUAUAAGGACUAUCACACCGACACCACGGUCCGCUUCGUCAUCAAGAUGUCUGAGGAGAAGCUGAGGGAGGCGGAGGCUGCCGGCCUCCACAAAGUCUUCAAGCUGCAGAGCCCGCUCACCUGCAACUCCAUGGUUCUGUUUGACCAUGUGGGCAGCUUGAAGAAGUACGAGUCUGUUCAGGAUAUCCUCAAAGACUUUUUUGAGUUGAGGAUGAAAUACUAUGUCUUGAGGAAGGACUGGUUGGCCGGGAUGCUCGGAGCAGAAAGCGCCAAACUGUCAAACCAGGCCCGUUUCAUCCUGGAGAAAAUUCAGGGCACCUUGGUCAUUGAAAACAAGCCUAAAAAGGAGCUGAUUCGCAUGCUUCAGAAAAUGGGCUACGACUCGGACCCAGUUAAAGCUUGGAAACAGGCUCAGGAAAAGAAUGAGGAGUUGGAGGACGAAGAGGAGGAAGGAGCAGAAAAAGAGGAUGACAGUGGACCAGACUACAACUACCUGCUGAGCAUGCCCAUGUGGUUCCUCACCAAGGAGAAGAAGGAGGAGCUGUGCCGACAGAGGGAUGCUAAGAUGACUGAGCUGAACACCCUGAAGAAAAAGAGCCCAGAAGACCUGUGGAGGGAGGACCUGGCUGCGUUCUCAGAGGAGCUGGAGCGCAUUGAGGCCAAAGAGAAGGAGAGCGACGGCAUCCCAGUGAAGGGGGCCGGCAAAGGCAAAGCUGUGAAGGUGAAGAAGGAGACGCUGCCCACACCGCAGGGCCGGCGGGUCGUUCCCCGCAUCACCAGCACGAUGAAGGCUGAGGCCAACAGGAAGGCUGACCUGAAGAAAGGAGAGGGCAGGAGAGGCAGGAAAGUCAAGACUGAAGAUGUGGUAAUGCAGAUGGAAUUUGAUGAGGAGGUGGAGAACGUGGAGCCAGAGGAAAUGGGCUUGGCGUCACGGCUGGCCAAGAAAGCCAAACCAGAGCCCAAACAGAGAGCCACAUCAAAGGAUGUUAAGCAGACCACUCUUCAGUUCAAGCCCGUCGCCAAGAAGUCAAAGAAGAAUCCGUGGUCGGAUGAUGAGUCUGAAGGCUCGUCAGGAAGUGACAUGGAGGCAGAGGAAGCGGCGGCCCCCAGGGAGCGCAUAGAACGCAAAACUAAAGCCCCGGUGAAGUACAGCCUGUCGGACAGCGAAGAUGAAUUUGAUGACUGGGGAAAGAAGAGUUCUCCAAAGAGGAAGUCUGUUAUCAGUGAUGAGGAUUCGAGCUUCGCCCUGGGGCCCAGCACCGCGUCGGACAGCGACGUCGACUCCCCGCUGCCCCCUCCCAAAGCUCCAGAGCCAGCGAAGAAGACGGUAAAGAGCAAAACGACGGUUAAAAAGACAGAAACCAAGUCAUCUGUUUCCUCUGAUGAUGCGGCUCCAGCAUCCAAACCUCCAGCUCAACGGAAACCCAAAGAGACGGCAGCCAAAAAAGCUCCAGCCAAGAAACCCACUGCCUCCAAGAAGAAGGCAUCAGAUGAAAAGCAGCCUUCUAUUCUAGAUGCUCUCUCCAAACCCAAAGUUUCCUCCAAAACUGCUCCCAAAAAGAUUCCCACGUUUGGCUCCAGCGACUCGGAGGAUGAAGGGACCGUUCCAGCAAAAAAGCAAAGCAAAGCCGCUGUGAAGCGGAAGCAGGUGAUCAGCGACGAGUCGGACAGCAGCUCAGACGACCUCAUGUCGCGUCUCAAGGCUAAACCUCAGGCUGCCGUGAAGAAAUCAAAGAAGUGGAUGGAAGAUGACAUGUUCCAGUUUUCAGACCAAGAAGAGGCUGCUCUUGUUGCCGUGGCACCUCGGGAUAAACCCUCACGUGCUCGGAAACCCGUCACCUACAACAUGGACUCAGACUCUGAUGAAGACUUUUAAACGUUUUUAAGAUUUAUUUUGAUAUAACGCACGGCUUAGGUAAAUAUUUCAUGCUUUUGCGCACUGCUUGAGAAACUCAGAUCUCACCUCUAAGUGACUGUAGUUUAUAGAGUUAAAAGUUCUUCUAGAUGUUUUUUUUCUGCAGAAUUUCUAGUUUUGAAGUUACUAAAAUUGUUCGACUCUUUUCCAAUUUGUGCUGUUAUGUCUUGUAAAUAUUUCAGUGGUUACUCAUAAUUGUUGUAAAAUAAAAAAAGUUUGUACUGAGUUUUGAAA